UCACGACUUUUCCCCGUCCCGAUCUCCUCAUCAAAACCCUAACCACCACCCCCGAUCAAAUCCACCCAAAAUUCCCCACAAAUUAUGCUCAAUUCCCCCAGAUCCUAGCUCCCCGACCAACCCCAAGAUCAAUCCCCGCCGGACCCGAUGAGCCCAUCACUGCCGGACUACUCCCCGCCGCCACCCCCGCACGCCGCCACGGCGUCCUCACCCGCCGCCGCGCCGCUCGCCCCGGGCUUCCGCUUCCACCCGACAGACGAGGAACUCGUCUCCUACUACCUGCGCCGCCGCGCCCGCAGCCUCCCGCUCCGCGCCGACGCGAUCGCGGAGGUGGACCUGUACCGGCUCGAGCCCUGGGACCUGCCGCCCCUCUCCCGCAUCCGGAGCCGCGACGCGCAGUGGUACUUCUUCGCGCGGCUCGACCGCAAGGUCGCGGGCGCCGGCGCGGGCGGGCGCGGCGGGCCCGGCAACCGCACCAACCGCGCCACGCCGCGCGGGUACUGGAAGACCACGGGCAAGGACCGCGAGGUGCGCCACCGCGGCCGCGCCGUCGGCAUGAAGAAGACGCUCGUGUUCCAUGCCGGCAGGGCCCCGAAAGGGGAUCGCACCAACUGGGUCAUGCACGAGUACCGCCUCCUCGACUGCGACGGGCCACAGGAUCUGCAUGUGGUGUGUAGAAUCUUUCAGAAAGUUGGAUCUGGACCGCAGAAUGGAGCACAGUAUGGUGCACCAUACAUGGAGGAGGAAUGGGAGGAGGAGGAUGAUGCCAUUGAGAACACACCUACCAGUGGUACAUCAACUGAAAUGGCUGCGAUCACAGAUACUGCUAGUGCGGAAUCAAAUGUGGAAGAUGAAAAUAUAUUCUCUAACAUUAAUGAGCUUGUGCAAUCCCAAGAAGUGCUCAACUCAUCAGAAAUGGCUCAUCUACAAGCUCAAGGUUUGAAUGAGACUGGUGAGGGCAGCUAUGGUGACGGCGAUGUUUCUAUCGAGGAGAUCUUGCAGAAUCCUGUGUCAAAUGUUAGUUCAGAAAAUAUAGUCGAACCUGAAGCGCAGAAUGCUGUCGAUGAUCACUUCAGUCUUGCAGAUUUGUCUGGAUACCCAAGUCAAGAUGAUGGAUAUGUAGGUCAGGAUGGUCCUAUCAUUUGGAGUGACCCUUCAAAUGGUGAAGUGGCAGAAUGGCCUCUGAGAACUUACAGUAAUCAAAACCAGGCCAAUGGAACUCUUAGUGUUGAGGAAUUCUUUGACGCAGGGAAUGAUACCAAUACAUAUUCAGGACAGGAGCAAGCUUGUCCUUCAGAUGACCAGAACUUGUAUUUGCAAACCAAUGGUCUUCCAGGUCCUCAGCAAGUGGAUGACAACAUGCCAUUUUUUGAUGCAUCAAACAAUCACAAAUGGGAAGAUGGGAAUGAUGAUUAUCUAAAUGUGAAUGGCCUUAUCUACCCGCCAAUUGAGAACGAAUCUCUCUUUGACGUGGGAGAGGAUUUGAUGGCUUACUUUGCUGAAGAGGACGAUUUCAAGUUUGAUAUUUCGGGCUCAGCUGUAGGCUCUGAUUCUCAACUUCCAGACAUGUUGAACUUUGCCCAAAAGGAUGAAAGUAAGGAUGGUUCUACGUUUGAUGGGAUCUCCACUUUUACAAAUGCGAAGGCUCAAUAUGGCGCAUCUUCAUCUGGUUCCCGUGGGAACCUGUAUCCGGACAGUGCGCUUCCAGGUGUGCCAAAGGAUGAGAAGGUUGACAAUGACAAUAGUUUCAGAAAGCGCUUUAUAAGCAUGCUCGACUACCCAGCCCCACCUGCAAUGGCAUCAGAAUUCCCACCAACCACAGGAAAAUCAGUUGCUGCUCUCAGUGGGGCUAGUUCGGUUGUCCGCGUCACCGCGGGCUUUGUCCAGCAUGGUGGCCUCAGUUUCACCGAUAGCUCGGACAGCUGGCCCCUACAGAAACAUGUUGACUUCAGUCUACACCUUUCUGUCACUGUGGAGAGCAGCAGCAUGUCCACUACCAAAUCCAUUGGUGGUUUCGAUGAGGAGCCAGCUACACGAAUGAGCACCGUGCCCUCGGUGCUGCGCGGCGGCCUGUACCUUUUCUUCGUCUCGGCGAUGAUCCUCAUGUUGAGCUUCAAAGUAGGGUCCUGUAUCUACAGCAGAUAAGUUAAGGAGCUGUUUUUAUUUUGGUUUAGUGGAACUAUACAUGGCGUUCCCUCGAUGACAACGAGGGAACUACGAGACGAUGACGGUUUGCUUUUACACGUUUAUUAGUUGGCAUAUGAUUCUGACUUGGUGAAAGGUAUAGUAUUAAUAAAUUUGAACUGGAGAAAGUACCAUUUUGGUGCUGAGACCUUAUGCUUCAUCUAGGACCUGUAAUCUAUUCUGUUUAUUUGGUUGCCGCUCAGAGGAGGCCUGGAGCCCCUAACGAUGUAACGUUGAUUAUAAAACGUGAUUUGAUCUC